GCCGUCUUAUUUCGCUCGAUUCGAAUUACCCCGCCAUCCUCACAUCCCUUUUCCAGAGCCGUUGUGAGGGGCACAGGUGACAGAAGAGGCAGGCCUGCUCGAAUUGGUUAUACUUCGAGUUAUCGGGUGCGCUUCCGGUCGUCUUUGUGCUAUAAUAGAGAAGGUUUGCGCGUGUAGCUAUCCGCAAGGUACGAAGCAAGAGAAGCCGGCUUGCGUUUGUAAUCUUUGACACGCUGAAAUUAAACAAACACCCAGGGAAACUGGCAGCUAUAUGACGUUGGCAUCCCAAGCUCAAUAGGCCCUGAAUCUUUACAUUGCAGUAUCAAUCAAGUCCUUACAUCAACGUUUAGCUUGGUCUUUCUGCAGCAGAACUUAUCUUACGGUUCACCGCACAACAUUCUCAAUUACUGCAAAGCCUCAAACCACUCUAACGACCUGAAUAACACGUUCAAAAUGACUGCUAGCGACCUCAAAGGCGUCCUCGUCGCCCUAAUCACCCCCUUCACCCCCGACCAAAAAGAAAUUGACACCGCCGCCCUCGAUGCACACAUCCAACGCAUGAUCGCCGCAGGCGUCCACGGCCUCGUCCCCGGCGGCAGCACGGGCGAGUUCACAGCCCUCACCACCGAAGAGCGCAAAAUCCUCGUCAAGCAGUCCGUCGACUCUGCUGCCGGCCGAGUCCCCGUCGUCGCGGGCAUCGGCGAUCUCUCCACCGCAAAGGCCGUCGAGCACGCCAUCUACGCCGCCUCAGUCGGCGCCAGCGCGCUGAUGGUUGUCCCGCCGUUUUACGAUGCGCCCAACUUGGUACAGUUGAAGGAGCUGCUCAAGGAGAUUCACGACGAGUCCAAAUUGCCGAUUAUGUACUACAACAUCCCCUCCGCCAGCGGCGUUUCGCUCUCUCCUGAGGAGAUUGCUUCGCUGUCCGAAGUUGGCGUCACACAUCUGAAGGAUACUUCCGGCAACGCGCCCGCCCUGACAGACAUGCUUUUCACCGAAGCAACCUCCUCCAAGGUAACCGCCUUCAACGGCUGGGACACCCUCACAUUCUAUGGCCUGGCCGCGGGCGCAAAGGGCUCCGUGUGGGGCGCGACAAACAUCAUCCCCGAGCUGUCGUCGCAGCUGUGGGAAGCACUGGGGGAGAAGAAGGAUUUGGCCAAGGGUAGGGAGCUGUGGGCCAAGAUUUUCCCUAUUUGCAAGUUCCUCGAGGCGCCUGGAGACAACUACGGCGCGGCUGUGAAGACGGGCAUGGAGUUGCGCGGGUGGAAGACGGGAGGAAUGCGCAAGCCGUUUAAGCUGCUUGAGGGCGAGAGGCGCAAGGAGCUUGCGCAGUUGUUGAAGGAUGCGUGCGUCGAGGUUGUUGUGUAG